AUGCGACUACGCCGGCCUUUUUCCUCGCGCUUUCCUGGCUUGGCCGACCACGACAGCAUGCGUUGCGGAAGUGAGCUGAUCAAGCGCGCCAUGGCGCAGCAGAUGCCGCGCAUCGCAUGGCAUGCGCAUAGUCGAGUCGCCUAUACCCCUGUAGCGGCCCGCCUGUCGCGAUCCCUGGUCCCUCUACGCUCGCUCACAACGACGCCACCACGGUGCCAUGGUGGCAUUACGCGCCCAGCGCCGGGCACUGGGAUCAAGGUGACAUUCCGUGACUCGCAGGGCAAGGACAUUAAAACGGUCGAGGCGAAUGAUGGCGAUGAUAUCCUGUCUAUCGCACAUGAAUACGAUAUCGAUCUGGAGGGAGCAUGUGAGGGAUCUAUCGCGUGCUCGACGUGCCAUGUGAUUCUUGAAGAGGACGUUUUUGAUCAGCUUGAGGAGCCUUGUGAUGAUGAAAAUGAUAUGCUGGAUCUGGCCUUUGGUCUGACAGACACAUCUCGCCUUGGAUGCCAGGUGCACGUUACGCGCAACUUGGAUGGUCUCGUUGUACAGCUACCGUCCGCUACCCGCAAUAUGUACGUGGAUGGCGCGAGAGGCGGCCAUUAG